GUGUGUCAUGCAGUAUAGCAGUUGUGUAGUAGCUGUCUGCGUUUCCCUCUGUGGGACUCUUUAUGUGUCCCUGUUGUGUGUGCUGCAGUGACAGUGGGAGCGAAUGUAUGCCUGUGCAUGUAGGGGUGGGGAAAAAAGAGGGAGGGAAAGAGAGAGAGAGAAAGAGAGAAAGCUAGUAGCUAGAAAGAGAUAGAGCGCGUACACAAGGCAGGAAGCGCUCCCUCUAAUCCCGGCUGCGACGCCAAACAGCAUUGCACCGGCUGCUACAAUAGUCUUAAUGGAGACUCAGGCAGACUGUGGUGCUGCAGAGCCACUUAGAGAUCAAGAGUUCAAGAAGCUUCUGAAGUCCUCCAGCUCUGCCAGUCUCACCAGCGAGGCAUCCCACAAUGCAUCAGGAGAGCAUGUCAGAACCCCCUCACAUCAUGGCAGCCAGGUGCUGAUCAUUGAGAAAAGACAGCCUCUCAGCAGCGUGUCCUCUCUGGAGGUACACUUUGACCUCCUGGACCUGACGGAGCUCACAGACAUGUCUGACCAGGAGCUGGGGGAGGUGUUUGCUGAUUCAGACGAGGAGAAUCACACAGAAUCCCCAGCAAAUCGCCAGCAGCCACCAUUACCUAGAUUUCCAAACAGCGGUUACGUCCGCUCUCCCUCCUGGACCCGCGGUGGAAAAGGGGAACAGCAGCAAAGAGAUCGAAAGCACCACAGUGACUCCGAAAACACAGAGCCAAUGUUGAAGAUAGAGCGCUCUCAAUCCCAGCAGCCUUGAGCCAGGGAGAGCUACAGGGGUUUAGGAAGAAAACAAAGCCCUUGCGUGGAAAGUGGAGGUUCCUUCUCAAGCAAGAAGAUGAGGAACUCCUGGGAUCAAAGGACAUAGGGAUCCCACCUAAAGAUAAUGCAAUCCCUUUGUAUGGACAAGAAGAGACCUCCAAAUAGUAGGGGUAAGUGUAGACUCUUCCUCAAGAUGGAACAGACUUCCAACUAGGACUUUGGGACGCCUCUUUGGGACCGAGUUACUUUCAGUCUUCUCCAUGUGACUACUGCAUAUGGAGAACUUGAAGCAUGAUGUAGCAUUAUGGACAACACUGGCUCCUGCGAAGUGAAUCUAAGGAGCAACUGAGGAAUUCCACAGUGAUUAAAAUCUUCAAGGAACUUUUUAAAGAACAGUGCUAUGAUUCGAAGUAGCAACUGUGAUAAGACACCGACAACCUGCAGCAUAGUUCAAGACAUCGCAAUGCAUAGAAGUUACAAAAAUUCCCAACAAAAUUGGUCUUCGAGGAGAUUCUGCAUGAAAAUAGGGAGACCCAGAAACAAAGUGGAAAAU